AUGGCUGAAAGCACAGACAUGUCGCUUCUUCAGGAGGCCUUCAAGAAGUUUUCCAUCCAUGGCGACACCAAGGCCACUGGCAAGGAACUGAACGGCAAGAACUGGGCCAAGCUGUGCAAGGACUGUAAAAUCAUCGACGGCAAAUCUGUCACCAGCACCGACGUAGAUAUCGUCUUCUCCAAAGUGAAAGCUAAGACUGCCCGUGUGAUCACCUUCGAGGAGUUCAAGAAGGCUCUGGUGGAGCUGGGACUAAAGAGGUUCAAAGGGAAGAGCGAAGAGGAGGCUGUGAGCUCCAUAUACAAACUGAUUGAAGGCAAGGAGCCCGCCAACGUGGGGGUCACGAAAAUCACAAAGAAGGGUGGCGUGGACAGGCUGACGGACGCGUCCAAAUACACGGGAUCACACAAGGAGCGGUUUGAUGAGAGCGGCAAAGGAAAAGGCAAAGGGGGCCGAGAGGACCUGGUGGAAAACACUGGAUACGUGGGCUCGUACAAGAAUGCCGGCACUUACCAUGAAAAACUGCAGGAAAAAUAGCCUGGAGCACUCGUCAUCCAGCCACUGCUGUUUGUGUGAAAAUCUGCAGUAACACUUAUUAACAGAUGCAUUAUUAUUAUUAUUAUUAUUAUUAUUAUUUAGACAAUAUGCAGAUAAAUACCAGCUUCAGAUAAUGUGUUAUAGAGGAAGGGAUGGGUUUACUGAGCUUCUGCUCCUGUGCAAUCUUUUAUCAAUCAAUGUUUAUGGCGCCACCAUAUCCAUGCUUUAUAAUGGAUAUGGCACUGCCAUCAUUUUGAUUUAAUUCAGGCCUAGGACAUGGAUGGACAAUUUAUCGACCAGCUCUUUGUGCCAACCAUGUUCUUAAUUGUUUCAUUCAAGGGUGUCCAAUCACAAUCCUGGAGGGCUAUUCCACUCCAGGUUUCACAGGUCAAAUGAUAUAAUUAACUGCUUCAGGGUCUGGAUGGAAGUUUAGUUGGUUCAAUUAAACAAUUUAGAACAGGGCUGGAACAAAGACCAGGAGUGGAAGGGUCAACUUUGGACACGCCUGGUUUGAUUCAACCAGUUAAACCACCAUCCAAGACCUCAAGCAGUUUAUUAUAAGAAUGGCCCUUUGUCCAAGCCUGAUCUAUGACAAACACACAUUUUUAAAUAAAUGAACACUUAGGAAACAACUCAUUUGCAGGUAAUACCCUUUCAAUGAAUGCUGGGCAUGUGACUACAAGCUCAGUAAAGCUCAGUAAAGCUGGCUGGAAUAUGUCUUAAAGGGUUUAAAGAUGAUUUCUUUGUUUCUGUUUUUCCGAGAUGCACAGAAUUCCUUGAUGCCUCUCAAUGUAACGUUCUUACCAAGCCUUCGUAUUUUUAGCAUCUCUUAAAUGGUUAUCAGCUUUGCACUAUAUUUCUGUUGUGAGGAUCGCCAGUCGAUAGUACAGAAAUUGGAAGUAGCACGAUAAUGAGGAUCUCUGUUUUGCAUUUAAGCAGACUCUCUCUUUUUUCACUAUCAUAGCCACUUUAAUGCUUUGACAGACUGGGGGGAGGGGGGCGUCUAGCAAGUCAGUACAUCACAGUCAAAACAUUAGAAUUUAGUUUUGAUCAUAAACAUGUUAAGAAACACAAAUAAAUAAAUGAAGAAACCCUGUUGCAUCAAAAUCUAGAGCUGAACAUUUGAAGUAAAAACAUGAAAUGAGAGCAAAUUGCUGGAUAACUGGUUAAUCGCUAAAGGUCUGAUUGGGACACAAUCAUUCUUCUUUAUCUGGGAUGGGAUGUCCAGGUGGUACUGCUCUUGUCUCUUUCUUUGUCUUUUGUUUUUGUUUUAUUUUGACAUUUUAAAAGUGAUAGAACCGUUGCUACAUUGUGCUACAUCCACAAGGAUUACAGCACAUGUCAUAGAAGAAGACAUAUUUACUGUACAUACACAAAGAGUAGCUGGCAAACGUAGUUGUGAUUGAAAUGGAGUUUGCAUUAUCCUUCCAAACAAACCAUAAACAAGAUCGGAGUGGAAAGGAGUGGCUUGAAACCUGGUUCCAGGAGACCGGGAGGUCUAGUUUGAAGCAACCUUGCUGAAACCCCAAGUCUCCCCUGGUGUGCCGUGCAGGGGCCUGAAACCUAGUCUCCUGAAACCACGUUCCAAGCCACAAAGUAGCGUCGUGUUCCCUCAGCGUUAAACUUAUUUUCAAUUCAGAUUUAUUUAUUUCUUUGUAAAAAAAAAUUUAAAAAUGCAAAAAAAAAAAAAACAAUGUAAACAACCUAUCCUUUGUUUUCUAGAGAUGUGUAACAUGGACAGUAAUUACAUGAAUAAAAUUGCAUU